AUGAUCCUUCAGAAUAUCGGUGGCAAUCAAACCACAAUAUACUCCUGGCCACCCAGCGCAGACCCUCUAGAUCCUGACACUACAGCACCCAGUUUCCUUCGCCUUUCCGGCUCGCUCCCAGGCCCAACCCAAGAAGCAACCUGGGAAACCCAAAACGUCUCAUCUCUAGCCGACUACUCCAAUGCCUCCUCCAUCGCGCGCUUCCCCAGCUUCCAGUUUAGUCUGCACAAAGUCCUUCCUAUCGAAACCCUCAAGCGAUCACCCAGCUAUCCUACCAAGGUUUCUGUUCUCGUCGCUGUUAUAGAGGUCGAAGGCCCCGACACCAUUCACCUCAAGAGAGGUAUCGACACAGGCACAGAGGUCUCGAUUCUCAAGCUCGUCCUUGGUGACGAAGACGGCUCCAUAUGCAAACUAACCGCCUGGAGAGACGUCGCGGAAACGUGGGGCGGCUCGGGGGAUGCACCGGGCCUAAAGCGAGGCGACGUCGUGUACAUCGAAAAUCUCAGAGCGGCAUGCGACCCUGGCUCCUCGGUGGUGCUUACCGCUUCGCCGUACAACAAGCCCGUCCUCGAGAUUUGCUACCGCACGAUGCCCUACACGCACGAGGACAGGCGUUUCAGGCCUGAUCUACGUCUAGGAGCUAGCGACGCCGCAGUCAGAAAAGUUGCCACUCUCGUCGACUGGUUCGAGGACAUGGCAGGUCUUAGGCAAGCCUAGUUCGGACUCUCAUCUUGUCAAUUUCCGACCCGUAUCCAGGAGCAUCGGAUUUAGGCCCUGAAGGGGUUCGUCCGCUCUUGUCUCGUGUUAAUGGCAAAUCAAUGAGCUCAUUGUUUGACAUGAAGCGUCGCUUUUUUUUAUGUAAUUCAUCUGUCUCUCUACCGCGAAGGCUGCAAGAAAGCGUCGCUUUGACAUCCAUCCGGUUCAUCGAGCAAAUCGUCAGCCAUCCGCGUUUCAUGCAUACGCUGUUCCGUUCCCUGUGGCCACGUGUACUCACCCCAGGCCCAGAUGAAGGUCUGGAAUCCGGACUUGGCGUCACAAUGGCCUCUUCACAGCUCUAGAGUAUCAAGUCUUCUCCUCCCUCGCUGGUCCAUACGUAGGUGCUACCCUGCAAAAAAAUGCGUUCCUCCAGUUACCCUCCCAUGCGAUUCGUCGCCGUUUGGCUUGUCAUGAUCGUGCGACACAGAUGCAGAUGUACAACGUACUCACGUCUGUUACCCGAAAACACCACGACCAAGACGCAUGUUCGCACAUCGUGCCCUCCAAAAAUGCGAAUGGCCGAUCCUUACAAAACCCCAAGCUCCUGCCUCACCGUCUGGAUCUCUCUUCUCUUUUUCUUCUUUUCUCUCUCGCCCAG